UCAGGGACGUCACUGGCGUGUUUUGGAGGAGGUUGGAGGAAGAUGGCGGGGUCCAAGGUGAAGCAGGACAUGCCUCCUCCGGGAGGCUAUGCUCCCUUUGAUUAUAAGAGAAAUCUACCGAAACGAGGACUUUCGGGAUAUAGUAUGUUUGGCAUUGGCAUUGGCAUCAUGGUCUUUGGGUACUGGAGGCUAUUCAAGUGGAACAGAGAGAGGAGGCGACUGCAGAUUGAAGAGCUGGAAGCCAGGAUAGCUCUGAUGCCUCUGCUGCAGGCAGAGCAUGACCGAAGGACCUUACGGAUGCUGAGGGAAAACUUGGAAGAGGAGGUAGUCAUCAUGAAGGACGUUCCAGGUUGGAAGGUUGGCGAGAGCGUCUUUCACACAGACCGCUGGGUCACCCCUCUGUCAGAGGAGCUGUUCAACCUCAGGCCCCGCGAAGAGCUUUUGCACAAGCGUUUCGGCUUCCUGUGGUACGUGUGAACACCACCAGCAUCCCGAGCUCCUCCACCUGGACCUGUGUGGUCGUUCACUUCAGCUUGUAAAUGUUCCAAAUUAAAGUGUCUGUUUUUCUGUACCUGA